AAACCUGUGUCGAGCUCUUCUCUGGAUUCAGGUUGAUGGUCAGUUUUAAACUCAGCAUUUUUUUUUUUUUUUGGCCAACUUUACUUUGGUCAGGUGGCCAUGGUACCUGCCAGACUUUUCUCAGCAAGAUGGCAGACUGCGUUGGAGGGCGUGGGGCGCUGGACCCCACCCACCCGGCUCGUCCUCCGGCCCAGCCAGCUCCUCCAGCCCACUGCCAAGCUCCUCUCAGUCAGCUGUGCCAGCUGUGCCAAGCGCCAGGAGUCCCCCCGAAAGAAACUACUUUCUGAAAAAAAGCUGAAGAGGUACUUUGUGGAUCACCGGCGAGUGCUGGUCCGUGGAGGAGAUGGAGGCCACGGGGCGAGCUGCUUCCACAGUGAGCCCCGGAAGGAGUUCGGAGGCCCCAGUGGUGGCGAUGGAGGCGGCGGUGGCCACGUCAUUCUGAGAGCUGACAGGCAAGUCAAGUCUCUGUCCUCGGUCCUGACCCGCUAUCAGGGUCCCCACGGUGAGGACGGCAGCAGGAAGAACUGCUGCGGGCGGAACGGGGGUCCCCUCUACAUCCGGGUCCCCCUGGGCACUCUGGUCAAGGAGGGAGAGGACACCGUGGCUGACCUCUCUCACCCGGGUGAUGAGUACAUCGCUGCUCUCGGGGGCGCAGGCGGCAAGGGCAACCGCUUCUUCCUGGCCAACGACAACCGCGCCCCUGUGACCUGCACCCCGGGGCAGCCCGGGCAGGAGCGCGUCCUGUUCCUGGAGCUCAAGACGGUGGCCGACGCAGGCAUGGUUGGCUUCCCCAAUGCCGGGAAGUCCUCGCUGCUCCGAGCCAUCUCCAGGGCGACACCUGCCGUGGCAGCUUACCCCUUCACCACUCUGAAGCCCCACGUCGGCGUCGUGCAAUAUGAAGGCCACCAGCAAGUGACAGUGGCCGACGUCCCCGGAAUCGUCAGGGGUGCGCACCAGAACCGCGGCCUGGGGCUCGCUUUCCUGCGUCACAUCCAGCGCUGCAGCUUCCUGCUGUUUGUGGUUGACCUCUCGGUGCCGGAGCCCUGGGCCCAGCUCCAGGAUCUGAAGUACGAGCUCGAGAAGUACGAAGAAGGCCUGUCAGAGAGGCCCCACGUGGUCCUCGGGAACAAGAUCGACCUUCCCGCGGCCCGAGCCCGCCUGCCCGAGCUCCAGGCCCGCCUGGGACGGACGCUCGUCCCGCUGUCGGCCGCCACUGGGGAGAACCUGGAGGCCCUGCUUCUGCGUCUGAAGGAGCUGCAUGAUGACCACGUGGAGGCCAAGCAGGCACACGGCCACCAGCCGCCGAGCUGGUAGCGCCCUCACGGGACAGGACCCCUGCCGCUGAGCCUGUAGCACCCUCAGAGGACAGGGCUGCCAGCACCAGCAGCAGGUACAGUGGGGUGUGGGCGCCAGCGGAAGGCAGAGGAUUUUC